UUCUAUUUUGUCGAGAUGAGAGUAAGGGAUGACCUCACAGUACCGCCACCUAGCCAGGCCGCCGCCGACAACAUGGCUAAGAAAAAUAAGGCCAAGCCGCUGGACAACGAGGACGAUGGAGGCCAGGAGGAGGAGGAGCCGGACUUCAGUGACCCCGAGGACUUUGUGGACGAUAUAACUGACGAAGAGCUACUGGGCGAUUUGCUGCGUCAGAAGCCAAAGGAGACCGAUGGGGUGGAGUCGGUGAUAAUCGUGGACGGUGUGCCUUCUGUCGGGGCGGAGAGACUCGAAAAGCUGAAGAAUGUGGUGAGGAAGAUUUUCAAGGAGUACGGCACGCUUAUCAAUGAGUUCUACCCCACCAACGAGGAGGGCAAGACCAAGGGGUACAUCUUCCUGGAGUUCAAGGACAGGGCAGCGGCAGAGGAGGCAGUGAGGCAGAGGAACAACUAUAAGCUGGACAAGCAACACACCUUCCUCUGUAACCUCUUCACAGACUUCGACAAAUAUGACAACAUACCGGAGGAGUUUGUGGCACCCGUCCCUGAGCCUUAUAAGGACCUUGGCAACAUGAGCUACUACCUUUUGGACGAGAACUGCUUUGACCAAUUUUCCAUCAUCUUCGACGGGGGCACCACGACUGCCAUCUACCUCAAUGCUGUCCCAGAGGCUGUGGAGAUCGCCAAGAGGGAGCGUUGGACAGAGACGUAUGUUCGUUGGUCGCCGCGGGGCACCUACCUGGCCACCUUCCACGGCAAGGGCAUCGCGCUGUGGGGAGGGGAGGAGUUCAGACAGGUGCAGAAAUUUAGCCAUCCAGGUGUGCAGUUUAUUGACUUCUCCCCCUGUGAAAAGUACAUCGUGAGCUUCUCCCCGCACGUGGACCAGCGCUCGGAGGAACCCCAGAGCAUAAUUAUUUGGGACUCUCGGUCUGGGCAGAAGAAGAGGGCCUUUAACGCAGAGAGACCCCCAGUGUGGCCUGUCUUCAAGUGGUCCAGCGAUGACAAGUACUUCGCUAGGAUCUGGGAGGAGUGCGUCAGCGUUUACGAGACCCCGUCAUUUGGGUUGCUGGACAAGAAGAGCAUCAAGGUGGCUGGGAUCAAGGACUUUAGCUGGUCUCCCACUGACAACAUCCUGGCCUACUGGAUCGCCGAGGACAAGGAUGUGCCUGCCAAGGUGUCCCUGCUUUCCAUACCCAGCAGGGAGGAGGUCCGCACGAAGAAUCUGUUCAACGUGGCGGACUGCAAGAUGCACUGGCAGAAAUGUGGGGACUACCUGUGUGUGAAGGUGGCUCGCUAUGCCAAGGCCAAGAGGGAGAAGACUGAGGUGAAGUACUCUGGCAUCUACUACAACUUUGAGAUAUUCCACAUGAGGGAGAAAGGCAUCCCCGUGGACAGUCUGGAGAUCAAGGAGAACAUUCAGGCCUUUGCAUGGGAGCCGGUGAACAACAAGUUUGGCAUCAUCAGCGGCGAGCCUCCCUCAGUGAACGUGACCUUCUUCCAAGUGAACAAAGGUCAGGCGCCCACUGAGCUCAAGAAACUGGAGAAACGACCUUGCAACAAUCUCUUCUGGUCACCACAGGGGCAGUUCGUGGUGUUGGCUGGCCUCAGGAGCAUGAAUGGGGCCCUGGAGUUCAUUGAUACCAAGGACUUCCAGGUAAUGAUGAGUACGGAACAUUUUAUGGCCACGGACAUUGAGUGGGACCCGACUGGACGCUAUGUGGCCUCCUGUGUCUCCUGGUGGGGCCAUAAGGUUGACAACGCAUACUGGCUGUGGUCCUUCCAAGGCAAGAUCUUAAAGAGACAGACAGUGGAUAAAUUCUGCCAGCUUCUAUGGCGCCCCAGACCCCCCUCACUGCUCACCACUCAGGAUAUCAAGGACAUCAAGAAGAACAUGAAGAAAUACGCAGCCAACUUUGAGGUCCAGGACAAGAUGCGGUACAGCAAGGCGUCCCGGGAGAUUAUUGAGAAGAGGCAGAAGCAGAUGCAAACCUUCACAGAAUACAGGAAGAGGAUUAUUGACCAGUUCGAGGAGGAUAAGGAACAGCGACUGAGAUUGAGGAAUGGCCAGGACACAGACACCCUCACCUCCAAUGAAAACGACUUUGAAGAGGAAACUGUCGAAUUUUUGGUGAAGAAAGAGACAAUCCCUGUAGAGGAGUGAGAACAGCAACACCACCACCACCACCACCACCACCUCUGGGCUACCACUACUACUACUGCUGCUGCUGCUGCUGCUACUACUCCGGGUUGUACUAAGGCGGCGGCCCGGCUGGUGAAGCUUGAGUGGUAGUUUGGUAGUUAGUGGAGAAAGGUCGUUAAUAAAUACAGGUGUGAAGGUUAAA